UAAUCUAUGGGUUUAAAAAAAGUUUUUCUUAGAUUUAAAACAAAAUGGAUCCCUGUAUUGUUUUAAACAAUGGUGCGCGAAUGCCUCGUGUUGGAUUAGGAACCUGGAAAGCACCAGCAGAGAAGACGAAGGAAGCUGUCCUUACUGCUGUGCGGGCUGGAUAUAGAUUAAUUGAUUGCGCCAACGAUUACGACAAUGAACACGCUGUCGGAGAAGCGCUCCAGGAGCUACUGUCAGCUGGAGAGGUUAAGAGGGAAGAGUUAUUUAUCCAAGCUAAACUCUGGAACUCUAACCACAGACCUGAGCAUGUUAAACCUGACCUAGAAGCUACUCUCAAGGAUCUUCAGCUCGACUAUAUAGACUCAUUUGUCAUACAUUGGCCCCAAGCUGUCCCUAGUACAGGAAAGAACCCGACCCUGAGGCCUGACGGAUGUUUCCCUGCCCAUUAUUCAAAGAACUCCAUGUUCCCUUUGGACGAUGAAGGUUACUACUCCGCUGACCUGGAGUCCCACUAUAUUGAGACCUGGGCAGCUAUGGAGGAACUGGUAGAUCAGAAACUAACUAGAUCUAUUGGUUUAUCAAACUUUAACAGGAGGCAGGUUGAAGAAGUUCUUCUCUCUGCUGCUAAGUAUAAGCCUGCAGUUCUACAGAAUGAGAGCCAUCCUUACCUUCAUGAGAAGGAUCUCAGAGAUUACUGUAGAGCAAACAAUAUUGCUUUCCAGGCGUAUUCUGCUCUGGGAUCAGCUGACCGACCCUGGCGAGUAUCUGGGAGUAUAACCUCGGGCCUACCAACCCCAGGAUACGAGGUUCUAUCUCAUCCUCAACUACUGGAGAUAGCUAACAAGUAUGGGAAGACGGUUCCUAAUGUAGUUCUGAGAUGGCAUAUUCAGCUGGACGGAGCUUUGGUUUGUAAAUCUGCUACUCCGUCUAGGAUACAGGAAAACUUCAAGAUUUGGGAUUUCUCCCUCAGCGAAGACGACAUGAAAGUUAUUGACAAACUUAAUGUUGGUUGGCGGCAUUUGCUCUGGGCCGAGACCUCUAUGCACCCAGACUACCCCUUCAAGGACUGCUUGCCUUGGGACUACAAGUUGGGUAAACCCAGUGCUGGAUCAACGGCAGGAGCAAAGUAGAGUUUAAUCCUCAACUCUAGAGCUUAAUCCUCAACUCUGGAGUUUAAUCCUCAACUGUGCAGCUUAAUCUUCAACUCUACACUCUAAAGUUUAAUCUUCAACUCCCCUUGCAGCUGUAAAUUAAACUUUAUAAUAAAUAUAAUAAUGUUUUAUGUUUUCUAUUGAAUAAAAGUUAUUAAUAUUAA